CGUCUUAUCUAGUUCGCGCGGUGCUAUCUGGUGCCGUGCUUGUGUUUAAAACUGAAUCUUUUGCUACUUAAAUAUUGAAAUAGUGGAAUAUAACGAGGGACAUCUCAUCCAGGUGAUCCAGGAGCAAUGUCAUGUCUGACGAGCCCAUGCCCGGCGUACGCUCAAGGCGCCGCCGGCGCAGCGUUCGCGAACCUCAUCACGCACCUGCUCGCUGCUCAGUGCCUUAUCUCCGAAGACUGGCCCCAGGACCGCACUGAUGAGGUUUCAGAUGGAGACUCUUUCGACUUCAUCAUCGUCGGCGCAGGCACGGCGGGGUCUCUCCUGGCAUCCAGGCUGACGGAGGUCGAAGACUGGAAAGUGCUGCUCUUGGAAGCUGGCGACGAUCCGCCUAUAGAGUCCAUUAUUCCGAAUUUUUCUGGAGCUACUCACAGAAGCAUACACGCGUGGCAAUAUUACACAGAAAUAGAUAAUACUACCAACAGAGCGAGCAGAGACGGAAGGUCUUUUUGGCCUCGCGGCAGAGUCCUCGGAGGCACUGGAUCGAUCAAUGGGCUGCUGCACAUGAGAGGCAGUGCUGGAGAUUACAAAUCUUGGAACUUUGACGGAGAGUGGGACUGGCCGACUAUUAAGGAAUACUUCAAAAAGUCUGAAAAAAUAGUUGAUCCAUUCAUCCUAAGUGACCCUGAACUCAAAGAAAAUUAUGGAACGGAUGGCGAAUUUGUUAUUGAUCAACUGAAUUUCACACACCCUGAAAUAGUUGACAAACUAACGCAAGCUUAUGAAGAACUUGGACUAAAGUACUUGGAUGACAUAAACGGCCCUAGCCAACUGGGCGUAGGCAAAAUAAGAGGAGGCAACCAUAAAGGCAAAAGAGUUAGCACGGCCACCGCUUUUCUCAACCAAGCUAAAGACCGAAAGAAUUUGUUCGUGUUAAAAAAAUCUUUCGUUACUGAAGUCAUUAUUGACGACGAAUUCUUUGCUCGAGGUGUUAAAGCUGUCAUAAAACCGGGCAUCGGAGUUACAUUUAACGCUAAUAAAGAAGUAAUUUUAUGUGCUGGAGCAAUAAACACGCCAGUGCUACUGAUGGUAUCUGGCGUGGGACCUAGAAAGCAUUUAAGUAAGUUUGGUAUAAGUACUAAAGCGUCUCUACCUGUUGGUAGAAAUCUGCAGGAUCACGUCAGAAUACCGAUUCCUGUAACAAUUGACACAGGUGCUAAAUCAAAAGACGAAAUAUACUGGCUAAGAGCAGCCGCUCAAUAUUUGCUAGAUCAAACUGGACCGCAUGCUACAAAUUACGAUCAACCAAACGUAAACGCUUUCUUAGCACUUUCUGAAAAUGCUACAUUGCCUGAUGUACAGGUAGAUCAUAAUUAUUUCGUACCAAACACUUCAUACGUUUACUCAAUGUGCUCGGAUAUAAUGUCUUUCCAAGACAACAUUUGUAAGCAAUUUGAGAGUUUUAACGAAAAUAAAGAAUUGAUUAUAUUCUUUAUAUCACUGUGUAGGCCACAUUCCAAGGGUAAAAUAUUGUUGCGUACCAAAAACAGCUCAGAUUUACCUAAGAUAUAUCCGAAGUACUUUAGUGACAAGCGGGACAUGGAAACUUUCGUCAAAGGCAUACAAAAACUUACUGAGAUAAUUAACACCCCGACUUUUAAAAAUGUUAAGGCCGAGUUGCGAAGGAUAAGUCAUAAGGAUUGUGAUGAAACUGAAUUUGCUAGUGAUGAAUAUUGGGAAUGCAUGGCAAGAACUGUUACGUACAAUGUUUAUCAUCCUGUAGGAACAGCUAAAAUGGGGCGAUCUAUGGAUGAUUCGUCGGUUUUAGAUUAUAAGCUGAACGUGUACGGAGUGCAACGACUAAGAGUGGCAGAUGCCAGUGCAAUGCCGACCAUACCAAGUGUUAAUACUAAUGCUGCAGUAAUGAUGAUUGCAGAAAGGGCAGCAGACUUUAUAAAAGAAACAUAUGAAAAUAGUCACAUAAAGGACGAGUUAUAACAAAUAUUGAAGAAAUCUAACAAGUUCUUACAUAAAUGCAAUUAAUACCAGUUAAGAUAAUCUAGAACAAAUUAUAAUUGAAAUAGGUAAUACGUUUUGAAAUAACAGUCAGUAGGUCGUAAAUUAGCUCUUAAUGCACUGUUUUAGUGUUUAUUCUCAUGCAUUUCUUCUACAUAACUAGUUCAAUUUAAUUGAAAACCGUUUAGUAACACUUUGUGUAUCGAUAAUAAAUAUUCCGGAGUAUUUAAAAUAAACUAUUUUUUAUAUUUUAAUCUAAACUAUCCAGCGGAAAGUGAAAUCUAUGUAUGUAAUCUGUAAA